AUGAUUUUGGCACAGGCGCGCGCGGCCAAUCUGACGGCGAGAGUCUGUGUGACUCAGCCACGGCGUGUGGCAGCGCUGAAUUUGGCCAACCGAGUGGCGACAGAGCUAGGUGAAUAUGUGGGGGAGUCUGUUGGCUAUCGGAUUGGUGGAGAGAGCAAACCCGGCUACAACAUCGACUUCUGCACAGUUGGAUACACACUUCAACUCUUUCUCAAUUCUCCGGAGGAGUUUGGCAACUACACCCACAUUAUUUUGGACGAGGUGCACGAGAGAAGUGCCGAGAGUGACAUGCUUUGCCUGGUGGUCCGACUGCUGGCGCAGCACCGCUUCAAGCAUAUGCGCCUGGUGGUGAUGUCUGCCACGCUGCAAUCCGAUCUCUUCGCACGAUACUUCGCCCCCAUUUCUCCCGAACAUCCCGUGGGGCACGUCUUUGUGGGUGCGCGCUGCUUCACGGUGACGCAACAUUUUCUGGAGGAACUCCCAAAAGCCUUGGGAAAGAAGCUGCGCUGCGAAAGUUUGAUUAUGAGCAAAAUCAAGGACGUUUUUGGAGCCGUCAAGCCGAAGAAGAUCGACCAGAAACACUGUGACAAGCUGCACAAGAUCAUCCUAGAGCUUUUGGAGAUCAUUGCUGUGAAAGGCAGCACCAUUUUAGUCUUCCUUCCCGGCAUUGCGGAAAUCUCCUCACUAUGGCAGGAAGCAAAAGAGAUGGACGGCAACGGCUUUCGCAUUUUUCCCCUGCACUCAAUGGUGCCCCGCGAAGAACAGGAGCUUGUUUUCCAAGAGCCCGACCCUGACGUGACCAAUGUGGUCCUCGCCACAGACAUUGCGGAAUCUUCCAUCACAUUGCCGCAUGUGGUAGCAGUGAUCGACCUGGGCCUUCACAGGAGGGUGGACCAUGAUGCCUCCAAGGGUAUUGCAUCUUUGGCCACGAAAUGGAUCAGCAAAGCCGCAGCCGCCCAAAGAAGCGGGCGGGCUGGGCGCACGCAGCCGGGCCUCUGCCUACGUUUGUACACCAAAGAGUUCUUUGAGAAACACAUGAAAGAGUUUGAGCCGCCAGAGUGCACGUCUAUGGCCCUUGAUCGUCUCUAUUUGCAGGCGAAACAGUUGUCCUGUCAACUGGCGAAGUCCUUGGAGGGCCUCCAAGUGCCUCGAGGUGCCCAGGAGCUUCUUGCGCAACUGCCAGAGGCACCGGACCUGAAAAAUGUGGUCAUGGCGAGGCAGAAGAACGCGGAGUUGGGAACCAUCUCGAACGCAACUGAGGUUGCAAAGAUCACUCCGCUGGGAUAUCUGUGCUUACAACUCCCAUUGGACCUCAAGCUCACGCGUUUAGUGUGGCUGGGAGCCCACUUUGGGUUGGCCACAGAUGCCGUGGUCUUGGCGUCGGUGAUUACUUCCCAGGAUGCAUUUUCAAUGCCGAGCCCUCUUUUCAUGUGGGAGGAGAGCGAAUUUGUGUCCCGCCUCCGAUCUGCUGCCUCUGCAAGGAUUCUUUUCGAUGGGGGCGAGCUGUCAGAACCACUGAUGCAACGGCAGCUCUUCCUGGAAUGGCUCACGGAUUUUCACCACAAUGAAUAUGUGUGUGGCGACAAGGAGCGGGUCCUGUGGGCCAGGAGAAGGCACACCCUGAGCUUCUCACACCAGUACUCCCUAUCCAGGGGAAGGAUGGAGCAUGUGGUGUCCUACGUGGUCGACUUAUCGCUCAGAACCUACCGCGCCUGCAUGCCCGACUCCAUGGCAGCCAAGAGCCUGUCAGAGCUCUUGUUUGCGUUGGGCUACACAAUCCAAAGGGGAGACCUUUCUGGUAUUCCAGGGAAGGAAUGGCGUGCAUUCCAUCCAGAGGAACAGGCGUUUGAAACCAAUACCAGUUACCUCAAAGCGCUACUGGCGGCCGCCUUUUCUGAUCAACUGCUCCUAGGAGGUUAUGGAGCAGUCGCGAAGGAGAUCGACACAUCUGGAAAGUCGGGUCGCAAGCAGUUGGAGCAGCUUGAGGCCCUCCAGAAGCUGAUGGAGAAACACGAUUGUCCCGCAAGAGAGACGGUGCUGUUUGCUAAAGAUGUUAAGGAUCCGCACGAGUACGUGGAGCAUGUCUCGGGCAAUGGGGGACGAAGCGUCGAAAAGGAGGAGACCCAUACCCUGGUACGACUGAGCCUCGAUGCGCAGUCUGAAGGGGCGAGGUGGUGUGCGCUCGCAUCUCGCAAAUCGGCACCACUGCUUGUGAGCAAGACUCGACUGCCGGCAGAGUUUAAUCUCCUGUCCCAAUUUCAGAAGCACAUGCAGGAGCUGCAAAGAGUUCAAGCCACCGGCUGGACGUACAGACCAGUUCCCUUCAUCCAUCCGCACAUCCUGAGAUGGGAAUGGAUGGAGCCUCUCUACACGCCCAAAGGGGCGCUUCUGCGCUGCGAAGGGAUGUUGGAAAAGAAGAACCCCCUGGGGUUGGUUGGUUACGUGCAGCCCCUCGAGGAGGGCAAGUUGAAGCCGGUCGCCUGCUUCGCGGUGGCGGCCAACGUGCGCGGUGGGCAGGGGCCAACCAACUGCUAUCCCGAAUCGGCUCGGGAACCAAGAAACAUGGGGGGCACGGCCGAUUUUGAAAAAGUUGGGAAGUUGCAACAAUACACCACCCUUAAUUUUGAUGGUUUACAGAACCCAUUUAUGGUGAUUUUGGGGAUGGUUUAUUAUUGCUCUACCAACAUUACUUUACUUCUGUGGCCUGAGAAACGCUGGGGUUUCGCGUGGCUUUUCUAUGCUUUUCUUGGCUUCUUGGCUUGGCUCUGCGUUCCAUCUUUGGUUAGUGCCUUCUGCGUGUAG